CCGCCCGACUCGGUGACCUUUAUAAGGGGGGGAGAAUGCUGAGUCGCCUGCAAGAGCUGAAGAAGGAGGAAGAGACUCUUCUGAAAAUCAAAGCAGCUCUCCAUGACCAGCUCAAUAGGUUAAAGGUUGAGGAGCUGGCUCUUCAAUCCAUGAUAAGUACCAGAGACGAGCAAGAUCUGUCGCAUCCUCCUGAGGCUCCUGAAGAGAGUGAGCUAAAAGUAGACGAUGAGACAGCCAUUAACCAGACAGAACUGCAACUUGGCUACUCCCAAGAGAAAGAAGAGAUGGAGGAGGAGGAUGAGGAGGAAGAUUCUGACAACUAGGCGGAUGAGGAGAUGAUUUAGGAAAGAGACAUUUUUAUCGGUGAUCAGAUCCUAAGCUUAAGGAUCAAUAUAUCAGAACUCUAUAGAUCCUAUAGAUCUUUUAAUAUUCCUUUAAAAGAUGGCCUUCUGCUGGCAGCUCAUCUUUACUUAGUCCCAUGCUCCUCAGUGUGCAGAGAGUUCUGCAUUGUCGUAGUGGGAGGGGCUCAUUGGACAGGUAUAGAAUGUCUGUAGCCCUUUGAAAGGGAAAUUUGCAUUAUUCAGUAUAGACAGGUUCAUCACAGCUCUGAAAAGAGAGAUGGAGUGUUCCCAGGAAGUGGGCAAGUAGAUCAGCAGCAGUAAACGUUUGCACUUGUGCCCUGCUAUUUAUCAGUGUAUACCCUCUCUCAGGAUACACCGUGCCUUGCAAAAGGCUGAUUCUCGGCAGGCCGAGAAUCUGCCCCUACACUGGUACCAGCCUCUACCCAGAAGCCUGCAGAUAUCGGCUGAUAUCCACUGCAUAUGCCUGCAUCUGGGCGGAGACGGUGCUUAUGGGUGCAGGCAAGGUAACCGGCUGGUGUUAGCACAAGGUUUUUUUGCAGGCUGAGAAUCAGCCCUGUGUGGCACUGGCCUUACUGAAUAACAAACCCUAUGCUGACUGGAAACCUGGUAAUGUUAAUGUGACAUUGAUUUAAUUUUGCUAGAAUAUAAAAAUAAAGCUGCUUUUGGUUUGCGUGAGUAUUCAUAGUCUGCAGUCCCCACAAUAUAGUGUAGAGCCAGGUCGCACAAUAUUCCUUAGCCAUUUUUUCUAUUCGACAACUAUAUGUUACAGAUAGCACUCUCUGCAUCUAAUUGCUGCGAGUGUGGGCCCGGGUUUUCUGUGAGGCCCAGUUCGAUGUGCUGUGGUGCCACCUUCACAAUAAGAGAUUUAAAUCUUUAGCGGGUUGUUUAGGUGAUGCUGGUGCACCAAAGUGUUUAAAUAAUGGCAAAGAUUUUCACCUGGGUUGAGAUCAGGACUUAGACUGGACCAUUGAGUCACUUCAGUGUUACUUUGCCUUGUGUAGGGAUCAUUGUCCUGCUUUGCCUUGUGUAGGGAUCAUUGUCCUGCUUUGCCUUGUGUAGGGAUCAUUAUCCUACUGGUACAUAUCACCCCUUCUAAACUUGAAGCUGUUCUACAUAAUAUUAAGUAAGAGGGUCAUAGGAUUUGGAAGGACACUGGCCCUUAUGGCUUUAUUUUCAGAGUGCAGAAAAGAAGCUAAAGAUUCAGCGUAUUAGAAAUUUGAAUCAGAUCACUGAUUUACAGCAGAAAAAGGUUUCCAUGGAGACAUCAGGAAGAUGCAACAUUUGAUCCUGCAAGACUACAACUACCAGCACCUUGGCAGGAGGAUUGGGAAGUGUAGUUUUGCCUUAAGUGCAGCCUAUGUCUGUUGAAGAGAGCCCUCAUAUAUUAAGGCACUGAUUCUUAAGUUUUCAAAAAGUCUGUGAAAUGUAAAUAAAAUUCCUGUACUUUAACUUGUAA